GGCGCAAGCCCGGAGCUCUGAAUCCGCACCAGGGACUUGAACCCUCUGUCCCACGCCAUGGGUCCCUACCUCUGCCCCCACCGCGCAGCCCUGCACCCGGGUGGCCUCCUGUUCCUCCUGCUACUCUCAGACCCGGCGCUUUCGACCGGACGUCACCCCCCGGUGAUCCUGGUGCCUGGUGACUUGGGCAACCAGCUGGAGGCAAAGCUGGACAAGCCGAAAGUUGUACACUACCUGUGCUCCAAGAAAACGGACAGCUACUUCACACUCUGGCUGAACCUUGAACUGCUGCUGCCUGUCAUCAUUGACUGCUGGAUCGACAAUAUCAGGCUGGUCUACAACAGGACGUCCCGGGCUACCCAGUUUCCUGAUGGUGUGGAUGUGCAUGUCCCUGGUUUUGGGAAGACUUUUUCACUGGAGUUCCUGGACCCCAGCAAAAGCAGUGUGGGUUCCUAUUUCCACACCAUGGUGGAGAGCCUUGUGAGCUGGGGCUACACACGGGGUGAGGACAUCCGCGGGGCCCCUUAUGACUGGCGCCGAGCCCCAAAUGAAAAUGGGCCCUAUUUCCUGGCCCUCCAGGAGAUGAUCGAGGAGAUGCACCAGCUGUAUGGGGGCCCUGUGGUGCUGGUUGCCCACAGUAUGGGCAACAUGUACACGCUCUACUUUCUGCAGCAGCAGCCACAGGCCUGGAAGGACAAGUAUAUCCGUGCCUUCGUGGCACUGGGUGCUCCCUGGGGGGGCGUAGCCAAGACCCUGCGCGUCCUGGCCUCAGGGGACAACAACCGGAUCCCAGUCAUUAGUCCCCUGAAGAUCCGGGAGCAGCAGAGGUCUGCUGUCUCUACCAGCUGGCUGCUGCCCUACAACUAUACCUGGUCACCUGACAAGGUCUUUGUACGCACACCUACAACCAACUACACGUUGCGUGACUAUCGACGAUUCUUCCAGGACAUUGGCUUCGAAGACGGCUGGCUCAUGCGGCAGGACACAGAGGGGCUGGUUGAAGCCAUGAUGCCACCUGGCGUGCAGAUGCACUGCCUCUAUGGCACUGGUGUUCCCACGCCAGACUCCUUCUACUAUGAGAGCUUCCCAGACCGUGACCCUAAAAUCUACUUUGGUGAUGGAGAUGGCACUGUGAACUUGCAGAGUGCCCUGCAGUGCCAGACCUGGCGUAACCAUCAGGAACACCAGGCUGUAGUAAACACAGGAGUGAAGGAACCAUUUGUCAUGGAAGCCAAGGAACUGGAGAGCCCAGCGUCCAUAUAUCAUUUCAUUCCUGAGACCAGCCAGCCCAGGGAGGAAGAUGACAGCAUGCCACCUCAAGGGACCACAGAAACUAUGCAGCUGAAGAAGGAAAUCUCUCUGCUGAAUGGAGUCAGCCUGGUGGUGGGCAACAUGAUCGGCUCAGGAAUCUUUGUCUCACCCAAGGGCGUUCUGGUUUACACAGCUUCCUAUGGGUUGUCGCUGGUCAUAUGGGCCAUUGGUGGGCUUUUCUCCGUUGUGGGUGCCCUUUGCUAUGCAGAACUGGGGACCACCAUUACCAAGUCUGGGGCUAGCUAUGCUUAUAUUCUAGAGGCCUUUGGGGGCUUCAUUGCCUUUAUCCGCCUGUGGGCCUCCCUGCUAAUCAUUGAGCCUACCAGUCAGGCCAUCAUUGCCAUCACCUUCGCCAACUACAUCAUCCAGCCCUCCUUUCCUACCUGUGAUCCCCCGUACCUGGCCUGCCGUCUCCUUGCUGCUGCUUGCAUAUGUCUGCUGACAUUUGUGAACUGUGCCUAUGUCAAGUGGGGCACACGUGUACAGGAUACGUUCACUUACGCUAAGGUCCUAGCGCUCAUUGCCAUCAUUGUCAUGGGCCUUGUUAAACUGUGCCAGGGACACUCUGAGCACUUUCAGGACGCCUUUGAGGGUUCCUCCUGGGACGUGGGAAACCUCUCUCUCGCCCUCUACUCUGCCCUCUUCUCUUACUCAGGUUGGGACACCCUUAAUUUUGUAACAGAAGAAAUCAAAAACCCAGAAAGAAAUUUGCCCUUGGCCAUUGGGAUUUCUCUGCCAAUUGUGACGCUCAUCUACAUUCUGACCAACGUGGCUUACUACACAGUGCUGAGUAUUUCAGAUGUCCUUGGCAGUGAUGCUGUGGCUGUGACAUUUGCUGACCAGACAUUUGGCGUGUUCAGCUGGACCAUUCCCAUUGCUGUUGCCUUGUCCUGCUUUGGGGGCCUCAAUGCGUCUAUCCUUGCUUCAUCAAGGUUGUUUUUUGUGGGCUCCCGUGAGGGCCACCUCCCAGACCUUCUGUCCAUGAUCCACAUUGAGCGUUUUACACCUGUCCCUGCUUUAUUGUUCAAUUGCACAAUGUCACUCAUCUAUCUCAUUGUGGAGGAUGUUUUCCUACUCAUCAACUACUUCAGCUUCAGCUACUGGUUCUUUGUGGGCCUGUCUGUUGCUGGACAGCUCUACCUUCGCUGGAAGGAGCCAGAGUGGCCUCGGCCUCUCAAGCUGAGCCUGUUUUUUCCCAUUGUGUUCUGCGUAUGCUCCUUGUUUCUGGUGAUUGUGCCCCUCUUUGGUGACACCAUCAAUUCCCUCAUUGGCAUUGGGAUCGCCCUCUCAGGAAUCCCCAUCUACUUCCUCGGUGUUUACCUGCCAGAGUCCCGGAGGCCACUCUUUAUUCGGAAUAUCUUGGCUGCUGUCACCAGAGUUACCCAGCAGAUUUGCUUUUGUGUCCUGACUGAGCUAGAUGUAGCUGAAGAGAGAAAGGUUGAGAGGAAAACUGACUAGAGGCCAGAGGUGAAGUCCCCUGAGGCUUGGAAGGUUGGCUACCUGUGACCACAGCUACCAAAGUCCGGAUGACAAGACUGUGUGGGCUCAACCCUCUGUACUAAAGGAGACUGUUGGCCUACAUUACAUAAGGGGCUGAGGGCUUACGGCCUCCUUAGGCAGUCACUCUCAUUGGUCCUCAAUGCCUGGCACACAGUGGACUCAGUACAUACUUGUUGAAUGGAUAACCUAAUCUGUAAAAAUGAGGCCGGAGGUAUCACCCAUUAAUAAAACGUGAAGCCGUACUCAUCUUAACUCUAUGCUGACUUAGCGCCCAGAUUCCUAGC